AUUGAAUGUUGUUGAUUUUCCAGGUUGUUUGUGAAGCUGUGUCUGGAAACCUUUCUUGUAUAAAGGUUGUAUUACAUUUUUAGUUUGUAAAUGCAUGCGUCAUUAGCUGCUAUUGGCAGAGCUUGUACAAUUCAAGAAGAUGAAGAUCCACCGGUUACAUCUUUAGAAAGUUCAUUGGAUAUACAACCAGUUGAUUAUAUUGAGCAUAGUUUACGUUCAUGUACAUCUUCAGUGGAUGAACUAAUCACACAUGCAUUAUCAUUAUGUUAUUCAGUUAAAAUAUUACCAAAUUUUAAUAAACUUGUUUUACAAGGAUAUAGUUGUGAAGAUGAACAGACAGACUCAAUACUUAAUGCAGAAGAAUAUGCAGACAAUCAAAACCUACUAACAUCAACAUUUGAAGAACCAAUCAAUUCAUCAACAAUUACCAAUGCUAAUAUAUCUGUACAUAUUUCUCCUACUACUUCUAAAAAUAAAUCAAAUGAUUUAAAUCAUUUAACUUAUUUGCAUCGUUUCUAUUUAAAACUAUUGAACGUUGUACAUUUCGAUACAUUGAACAAUACUGUGAAAGAGUUCAGUUUAGGUUUACUUGCAUUACUUGCUCAUUCAGAAACUAUUACAAUCAAAGAAAUCAAUUUACUAGAUUGUGUUCUAUCAAAAUUUUCCAUAUCAAGCAAUAAUAUUUAUUCAUUUCAAGCUCUUUAUGAGAAAAAUUCAUCAAAUUUAUUAAAUGAUUAUCAUGAAUUUCUAUUGACAACAUUAUUACAUUUUAAUGAUGAGAGUGGAGAUGAUGAUGAUGAUAAUGAUAAUGAUGAUGAUGAUGAUAAUGCUAAUAAUACUCAUAUUACUAAUUAUACAAUAACACAUUAUGAUCAUUCUUCACAAUUAGGUGAACUUAGAAUUUUAUGCGAAAGUUUAAGACAAUGUUGGACACAGAUGAAACGUUUAGCCAAUGAACAACGAACUAUGCAAUAUCGUUUAAAUCAAAUUAAUGCUUCAAAUAACUGUGAUACAAUUUUAACAAAACUUUUUCUAGAUUCAUAUAAAAUUAAUUCAAUGUAUAGCAAACUGUUAACAUUAGCUAUUAUUAAUUCUGCUCAAUAUUUAAUCUAUUCUGGUGUAUCAUUAUUAGGUUAUAUGGAAUUAUCACGUUUUACACAUGAUGACCUAUGGGAAAUGACACGUGGUAUAGAAGAGUUAAGUAUUUUACGUGAAUAUUUACAUAAAAUAUUUCAAAUAUAUCGUAAUAAACAGUUGCAUAAACUAUUAUGUAACUAUGAGGAUAUAGUUCAUUCUGCUCAAAUUAUAUCACCGAGUGCUAAUACUACUACUACUACUACUACUACUACUAGUGUUAGUAGUACUUCUAAAACAUUAUCACAACUUAUUUCUAAUAACUUAUUAAAUGAUCCUGUAGAUGUUGUCUUCUCAAUAUCUGUUGGAUGUUUAUUUUCUUUAUUCGCUAAACAACGUUCUUUGCGUCUUGCUCAUCUAAUCUAUUUACAUCUGUAUAAAUUUCCAAAACUAUUCUCUAGUGAUCCUGAUGAUGACUAUAAUAAUGUUGAUAACAAUAAUUUGUCGAACAAAAAUUUAAUACAACAAGAAUUUCAAAAAUUCAUUCAAGAAAAUCAUGGUUUAUUGGCUUCAGAUUAUCUUCGAACUGAAUAUGAAUUUAUAUCAAAUUUUUUAGAUAUACUGUCUCAAUCAACUGAUCUACUCUAUCAAGUACAGAAAUUACAACAUGUUUACACAUCAGCUGCUGCCACAGCACAAUUAAGACAAGUUGAGGCUGAACAACUAUUAAAAGCUUACAGUAAUAUUAAUCAUUCAAAGCCUUGUUCUACUACUUCCUCUAUCCCAUCUUCGUCUAUAUCACAUGCUGUAAGUGUUGAAGGUAAACAUGGUGUAUUGGUACGUGCUACUUCAACUAAUCACUCUAAUACAACAGAAACAAAAGAGAUCAUUACUACUAAAGCGCCUCAAAAAACAGAAAUUCGUCAUAGAAAUGACCUGUUAUCGAAUUAUAUUUCUCGUUAUCAGGAUACAUUACAUCGUUCGAGUACAUUGGAUCGAUAUGUGGCUACUGGAUCAGCUGUUUCACCUUAUCCAUCAAUCGGUAAUCAUGUACUUCAAACUGAGUACACCAAACUACAAUCGGAUAAUCAAACAAAUUCAGAUGAUUUUGAUGACAAAAACGACGAAAACGAUUCUUCUGUCUAUGAUAGAACUGAAAGUAGUAGUAUUAUUGAUAAUAAUGAACGUAAACAAAGUAAAUCUAGAGCUGAUUGUAAAAAAGGUGUACAAUGGAGUGAUCAUCGUGAAGUUAGUACACGACAUCAAAUUAUUGGUCGAUAUUUGGAGAUGACAUGGAAGUAUACUGAGAAUACAUUAACAAGUUUAUUCCUAUCCACAUCAAGCACGAAUAGCAAACACGGAAUCGGUAAAAGUAAUAAUAUAGCUAUAAAUGAGUCAAAAUUAUGCAAAUCUACUUUAAUUAUGUCAUCAUUGGAACUUUUAAGAUUGGGAAAUAAUAUGUGUCAGUUGAUAAUCACACCAGAUUUCUUUCCUGCUGGUUUAUUACCAGUGCUUAGAAAACAAGCAUUAAAGUUUAAAGAAUAUGCUAUUUGGCGAAAUUGGUAUGAAGAACAUCAAAUAGCCAACUGUGUUUUGAGACGAAGUGAUGAGAACACAAUUCUUUUCAGUGAUAAAGAUUCCUCAGCGAAUAUAAUUUCCGAUGAUGUAAUUUCUCAUGAAACAUGUGACCAUUUAAAUCAUAAUUCAUUGUAUUCAAUUUAUAAUAUAUAUGCUCAACGAAACACAAACAAUACUUCUGAUACACAGUCAUCAGUUCGUCCUUCAAUCAAUGAUAAAUGUCAUAAUUGUUGCACAUCAAUGAAUUUACAGCAAUUAUGGGGCUCCAAAUCAUUUCUUAUUAUAACAGAUAUAAAUUCAGUCGUUCAAUUAAUUAUAUAUAUGACAAAAUUAUUUAUAAAUGACGAAAAAACUUGGAUGAAUAUUUUAUCAUCGAUACAAAAUGAAAUAAAAGCAUCAGGUUUCUCUUCCAUUGUACAUCAUUUUGAUAUUUCCAUACCGGAUUCAUAUAAAUCUUUAUUGUUAAAAUUAUACAAAGCCUAUGAAUUCACUCGACGUUUAGAUGUCAUAUUCGUUCGCCUAUUUAUCAUGUUAAAAAAAAUGUGUUUUGAUGAAUAUAACAAAUAUAUGAACCAUUGGAAUACUAUUUUACAACAUAUUGAGCAUCAUUAUAUUGAUAUCAAACAAAUUUCAUGCUUUUAUCAACAAUCUACACAAAUUGAAAUAUUAUUUAUUCAUUAUGAAAAUUUCAUUCAAUGUUUCAAUAAUUUAAUCGAAAUUAUUUUCAAUAAUAUCAUGUCUUGUAUUUUAUAUUGGUUUGGUUAUACAAAUCAAUAUGUAACUAAUGAACUAUUGAAAGAAUUGAAACAAUUGUUUCAUCCAACAAAUUCAUAUUUCAUGUCGACUUUAACAUCCGCUGCUGCUACAUUGACACCAUCAGUAAUAACAACAACAACAACAUCUUCAACAUUGAAUAAUAAUUAUAAUAAUUUAGAUGAUCUAGUUGAAAUUAAAACAAAUCUAUUGAAUAUGGAUAGAAAUGUUCUGAUACGAUUAGCACGUUUAAUGGGAACAUUAAGCCAAAUGAAUAAUUGUUUAACAUUGUUCAAUGAAAAUAUCAAGAUAUGGAAAGAAACAUUAAGAAAAACAUUUUCACAUAUAAUAAAUGAACUGAUUCAGAAUUAUAUUUUCAGUCAUCGCAAUGAAAUACACUGUGAUCUUCAAAUUGAAAAUAAUCAUUUAAUACAUCUUUUGACUAUUUUCCUGAAACCAAUUUAUAAAAAAACUGGAAAUUGUUUAAAUUCAUUCACAGAGAAUACAAUUCUAAUUGAUAAUUCAUCAUUGAUAUGUGAAUAUCAUCAUAACAUAUUUAAUCAGAUAAUUAAACCAACAAUGAUAAACUUUUAUACUAUAAUAUCAUCUUUCUUAAAAGAGACAUCGAUUAGUAACGAUCAAUUUAUUCAAAGAUAUCUGAUCAUGCAGUUUCAAGAUCAGAUACCAUUAAACUUAUUGCAAGAAAUCGAUGAAUCGAUUAAAUCUCAUAAUCAAUUGCUUGAAUCUUCAUCAACCAGUUCUCAUGGUACAAUGUUCACUGAACAACAGACAGAUCAUUUUAUUCAACAACAAGAAACUGAAAAAUCAUCUUUCUCAUCGUCACUACUAACCAAUACGAAACAGUCAAAAGAUAAAUUCAAUACUGGAUCUACAGGAGUAGAUUUCAUUCAAUCCACCAUGGUAUUUAUGUCAACUGCCAUGAAAAAUACUAUGAAUAAACAUUUACCAAAGGAACCGAAAGAUAAAAUUGCAUCAUUCGCAGCUGAUGUUUGUUCUAAUCUACGUUUAUCAUUCCGUAAUCAAACAACAGCUAAUCCUAAUACUUGUAGUACAAUCACAUCAUCAUCAUCGUCAUCGACCACUACUGUAACAGUAGCUAAAGCAUCAACUGUGAGUGAUAAACAUGAAUACUCUGCGGACAAUCAAUAA